AAUCUUCCACGUCCAUAGGUGGCGAUAUCACACGUGUCUACAGGAAAAGUGCUCUCUGCCGGACAGAAGGAGAGGCAUUGGGAGAUUAGUACUAUUUGGUAGAUGCAGUCAUGAAUUAUGCUUUAUGACAUACAAUUGACAAAUUGACAUCGACCGUAAUUAAACAGAACAUUUCCUCGGAAUACAUUUCACGUUCUGCAGUACUUCGUUAUUUUUCCUCUCCUACACCCCGUGUAAUGUCGAGCUCAGGCUUUUAGCAAUAACAGUCUGCAGGAUAACUCAGUUCACGUCUCUGUGCAAGCUCAGUCUGAAAGUUAACAUGUCUAAACACAGAACGAAACAGCUCAUCAUUGAAGAUGAUGAGCCAAAGCAAGAUGAGCUGAAUCCAUUUUCCUUCAAGGAGUUCGUCAGAAAUAAGAACCAGCAGUCCUGUCCUACAGAAGACACAGAGGUGUCUGGUGGAGCGUUCCACAUCGAACGGGACUAUAACACCUCCAUAGAUUUUGCCACGAAGGGGCCUUUCUUCUCAGACCCGUCUGCGCUCUGUCAGCCUUCUGAAAAUGAACCUGAGGAAACAUGGAUUGAAGGCUGCCACCCAUCAAACCAAUCUCAUGACUUUGAACUAGGAGGUACUUUAGACCUCAGUGCUUACUCUGAGCAGUCAUCUCUGUGCAGUGAUGAGAGGGAAGCAAAUGUGACUGAAUGGGAACCGGGUGAUUCUGACUUCAUGCCACAGAACCACUUAGCUAGAAGAAGCACGGGAAGCUAUGAGGGUGAUGAAGAGACUUCGGUGAUUGACAUUUCCUUUCACGCGAAGAGGGGUAGUGAUGAAAAUGGCACAAAGAAUCCCCGACAGCUUAGAGAAGAGAAUUCUCUACUCAGAAAGCAAGUCAAAGAACUCCUUAAAAAGUCAGAAUCUGACUCCAAGAGCAUCAAACAACUGACAGAUGAGUUGCACAACAAGAAGUUACAGGAGGAGAGAGAGGCCAAGGCUUUGGAGACAAUGGUGCAGUCAGUAGAACAAAACCUUCAGUUAAUGACGAAGCGAGCAGUCAAAGCUGAAAAUAGUAUUUCAAAAUUGAAACAAGAGAUGCAACAACUCCAGGGCCAGCUUGAGGGAUAUAAAAGCGAAAAUGAGAGGCUAAGAUAUGGAGAAACUACAGCCUUAACUACAAUGAGACACAAUGCACAAGUAGCCUCGGAGUACCUUAACAAAGCAGCUCAAGAUGCAGAGACUUCUAUAAAGCAGUUGCUGUCAGGAAGAGAGACACUCUGUUUUGUAUCCCAGUUAUUGACAUCUAUUGACAAGAUCACAGAAAUUCAUGAUUGACUUUUUCUUCAUGCAUCGUGUUCUGUAUGCUAUAGACUCACCAAGUACACCAUACUUGUUCAUCGUCUUCAUUGACAUCAUGUUUAGUUCAUAUAAAAUAACAAAAUGAGGUGUGAUGGGCCAAAUGAUGACCAAAUUAAGCAGACUAAGCAUAUAAAUACUGUACCAAAUAGUGCCUUGGAUUCUCACCAAAUCAAAGAUCUAUAUUGUAGUAGAGUAUGUGGAAACAAUAUUUUCAAAAACGUUUUGCACUUUUAUAAAGCAAUGAGCCGAGUCACUUAAAAUACUAUUGCAGUUUAUUAAUCAUAUUGUGCUUCUUGGUGAUAUUUUGAUAUACAACUUAACAUAUGCAGUUUUAAAUUACGACAUAUUUUAAGUAUUUGUUUAUUUAAUAGCACUUUACUAAUCAACGUUGGAUUGUUUGCCUUAUAUUGAUAAUGCUCUUUAUUGAUUUAAUAAAGAAGCUUUUUUCAGUCA